AUGAUAAAAAUACGUCUAGUCACCAUUUUGAUCGUAGCAUCACUUUUUGCUAAUGGCAACGGACUUCCAUCUCACGUAGAGGAAGCCUCAAACAUAGCGAAGACCAGUGCCAAUCCUGAAAAAAUGUUGCGCACCACUUCAAGCGUCGAUGAAAGCGAUGAACAAAGAAGUUUCCGAGUCAAACGCGUCAAGACCCCGGCAACAAAAUCGAUUUCAUUUCUUGCAAGACUACAAUCUCUUUCUGACAAUUUAUCUCGGGAGGAUCUCCAAGCAAUGCAGAUGUAUCGGAAAUUGAUUCAACAAGGCAAAUCCCUUGAAAAGGCUACCAAGAAAACCGAGGAUUUUAUUCUUGCGAGUCGCCUCGCUAAAACAAAACCUUGA